AUGACUUCAGUGCGUAUGUACCUGGGUGUGCAACCUGGCAACAAAAACUGCCCUCGCGGAAUGUACCGACCGACUGGAGCGGGAAUUACAGUUGGAGAGUGCGAGUUUUGCCCGCGUGGUGUGUAUGGCGACAGCCCCGGAUUAGAAACAAAGGAUUGCACAGCAAAGUGUCCCAAGGGAACGUACAAUGAUAAACUCGGCGCUAAGAGCAUCUUAGAUUGCAAACCAUGUCCUGCUGGCGUGUACGGAUCGACCAUAGGCCUCACCACUAGUCAGUGCUCGGGGCCUUGUCCGAACGGCAAGUAUUCGAUGAGUGAAGGCGUCCAGUCGAUCAGUGACUGCAUGGAUUGCCCGCCACUUUACCGCGGACCGCAGGGCUAUCGCGGCAACGAUGUCACUAUGGAAAAUGGUGGAGGCUACCCGUGUGAUCGCUAUCAGUAUGGCAAGACCAUUCUAAACGGUCGAGACGCAAACAAUGAUGCGUGGUUGUACGGAUAUUUAUCUGAAGUCCGAAGAUCAACGAACAACGAGAUCAACGACAAUACUACGCCAUGGUAA